AUGGGCGCCUCACCGCGAACACUCGCAGCCGUUUCUUUUGCCAUUCGUGUCUUCAUUUUGCUUCUCGGAAUCGUUUCAAUGAUUUUGAUUCUGACCGCUCCUGGCGCCUGCUUUUCGCGGUAUCUCAACGGGAGUCCGAUUUCGAGGGAAAUCUGCCCUGGACAAAACAGCAUUUUCCCGAUGAACGUCGAAGCGUGGGGAAGGGGAUUGCACUUUCAGGGACGAGGAGAAAACAUCUAUGGCCAGGUGGCGAUCAUCGUUUUCUCGCUGAUUCUAGCGAUCGCCUCGCUGGGGUUCUCGUGCAUUCAUUUGGGCGUGGGCAAUCCGUUGACGUAUCCGCAAGUUUUCUUCUGCGCACUCGGCGCCAUCUCGUUUUUGAUUAUGGGCGGUUUUGAGACGUGGUACGCAACCGGUUUUGAUCACAUCGAGUUUUUCAUUCAAGCAAUUGGGAAUGGGGUGUUUUCCGGUUGCGCCGGUUUGCCGGGUUGCCAGAUCGAAUUCGUCGUCAAGGGCUGGGCGGUGGCGGCUGCUUUCUAUUUCCUAUCAGCUUUGCUCUACGUGGCUGACCUAGCGAUUACAUUCAUGGCAAGGAACAGUGGAACGAGUGAAGUCUAUCCUGUCACCACAACUCGUGCUCACCACCUCUCCACUCAUUAC